CUACUUUCACGUUAUUGACACAAAAAGAGCGGGAAUUGCAUUUUUACCAUUUUUUACAUCAUCAAUCACACAACACAUGUUUAUAGUUUAAUUUUUUAAUUUAAGUUAAAACUACUUUAAUUAGAACGCAAUAAUGGAUAUAAUUUUGGAUCCCGCCACGAGAAAAAUGUACGAUAAAUGCAAAUAUCGCGUAAAACUUUGGGAACACCAAUUUAAAAAGCAACACGGAAGAAUACCUUCGAAGUUAGAUAUAAGAGAAGCCGAUGAUGAGGUUAAAUUUGCAUACAAGACUUAUUUUAAUUUAAAAUCGAAUGCGUUGGAACAAAGUUUUAAGGACAUUGAGGGAUUUGAAUCAGACGAAGAUAAAAUAGAAUCAAGAAAUGAUGGUAAUGAAUUAUUUACUCAAGAAGAAGAUAAAUUAACUGUUGAAGAGCAGGAAUAUGUUAAGUUAAAUGAAAAAGCUUGGGGUGAAGCAGUUAAAUGUAAACAAGUUGAGGUUGUUGAAGAAACGAAAGAAGAAAACGCAAUAAAUUCUUUGAUAUCAAAAAAGUUAUUCAAUGGAUCAAAAUUUUCAAAGCGUAAUCCAAGGAAAUCUUUAUCAUUUCAUAGCCGGAAAAGUGAGGUUAAUUUAAAUGAAGCAAAAUCACUUUCACAACCUGUUAUUGAUUCUAAUUCUACUUUGAAACCUUCAUUAUCGCAAGAAUUUGUAAAUGAAUUUACUUCAUCUUUAAAUACGAAUGUAAAAAUAAUAAAUUCGUCUUCUAAUAUUAAUGCAACAUCGUUAAAUAUUAUACAAAGCGUGCUUAGUAAUGAUUAUAAACCUAGGAGAGCUUUAGAUAUGGGUUGGUUGCAAAGAGUAACUGAAAAAAAUGGUUGUGAAGUUGUUGAGAGUAAUAAAAAUAACGAAAAUGAUUUUUUAUUAAGUCAAAAAUAUGUUAAAUUGAAUGAGAAGGUUGAGAAAGAGUUUGAUAGUGAUGAGUUGGUUGAAAAUUCUGAUGAAGAGAGUUCACAAAAUGUUUUACCACCACCGAAAAGAAUAAAAUUUGUUGGGAAUAGUACGAAUAAUACAAAUAUUUUAAGAGAAAAUAACGAGGUUAAAAAAAUAAAUCCUAAAAAUGAUUUAAUUGUAACACGAAGGAAAAGUUAUAAUUUUAAAGAAGAUGAUUCUGAAACGGAAAAGGAUCCUUUCGAUGGUGAAUCCGAUGAUGAUCCACAAUUUACACCAAAUUCAUCAAACAAAAACGAUGUUUAUGAUUUCGAUUCUGAUGAUUCACCAAAAUCUUCAAAGAAAAAAUCAAAUUCUAAAAAAAAUUUGAAUGGGAAAAUUAAAAAGACACAAAAUAUUAAACAAAAAGAAAAAACUCAAAUUGAAGAUUCGCAAAUGGAAGAAUAUGAAUUAGAAUACUCCGUGAAACCCCGAAUAAAAUCAACACCAAGAAUCACAAAUGUAAAAGAAACGAUUAAAAAACGAAAAGAAAACGUUGCUAAGAAACCGAAAUCACAACAAACAAAUAAAGAAAAAUUAGAAGAAAAGGUCGCUUCUGGAACAUUAAACGAGAAUUUUGUUCGAAUUGAUUUAAAAAAAAAAAUUUAUGCUCGCGGUCAAAAGAAAUUCACUUAUUCUAAAUACAAAAAAAAUAUGUGGAAGAAAAAAAAGCAAGGUGCUUUAGCCGGCCCGGAAAUGGAUAUGACCGGAUGCGAUGGUGGUCUUUUAAAAUGUUUCUUAUGCGGUGAUGUGGGACAUUUCGCUCGAAAUUGUCAAAAGAAAAAAAGUGAUGCGUUAUUACCAUUAAACGCAGGAGAUGAUGAGGAAGAAUCAUGCUUAAUUCCUACGUUAGAAGAAGCUGAGAAGAUGGCACAAGGUGUUUUAGCCAUAAGAAGUAAACAAAAAAAAGAUUUAAAUAAUCAAAAUGACAAUAAUGAAGAUUAUGACAAAGAUGAUAACAAUGCGAGUGACGAUAAUGAAAGUGAUAAUAAUGAUAGUUCCGAUUUAAGUUUAGACAGUGAAGACGAACUUCUUUUAGAAGAAGGUUUAAAAUUAGAAGAGUACGUAAAAAAAAUUGAAAUGCAAGAAUACUUAGAUUCAACAAGUUUAGUUAAGCCAUAUUUUAAAUUAAAGGAGGACGGUUCAAUUAUCGAUACUCCCAAAGAAGUUUUUGAGACUUUAUCACUGUUUGGACACUCAAAAUUCCGUGGAGGACAAGAACAAGCAAUUAUGAGAAUACUCUCAGGAAAAUCGACUUUAGUUACAUUGAGCACUGGUUCUGGAAAAAGUUUAUGCUACCAACUUCCAGCGUAUUUAUAUUCCAAGAAGGAGUCCUGCAUAUCGUUGAUUAUCUCACCGUUAGUUUCUUUAAUGGAAGAUCAAGUCGUUGGGUUACCCCCGUUUUUAAAAGCUGCUUGUUUGCAUACUAAUCAAACUAAAACUCAACGGGAAAAAAUUAAAGAAUUGAUUAAUUCUGGGGCUUUAAGUAUUUUGUUGGUUUCGCCAGAAGCUGUUGUAUCCGGAGAGAGAUCAAGUGGUUUUGGUUCAUUUCUUCGUCAAUUACCACCAAUUGCAUUCGCUUGCAUAGAUGAAGCUCAUUGCGUAUCACAGUGGUCCCACAAUUUCCGGCCAUCUUACCUAAUGAUUUGUAGAAUUCUCCGAGAACGUUUAGGAGUUAGCGUAAUCUUAGGUUUAACAGCAACAGCAACUCGUUCAACCUCCGAUAACAUCGUUGAUCAUCUCCAAAUAAUCGACAGAAGAGAUGGUAUUAUCAGCGACGUUCCUUUACCGAAUAAUUUGAGAUUAACAGUAUCAAAGGAUGGAAAUCGCGAUCACGCUUUAUUGGGAUUAUUACUUUCGGAAAAUUUUUCUAAAUACAAAAGCGUUAUUGUUUAUUGUACUCGGAGGCAAGAAUGUGAAAGAAUCGCGGCGUUUUUACGGACUUCUUUGAAAGACGAAAAAGUUGGGGAAGGAGGUGGGAAGAAAAGGAAAAGGAUGAGUUGCCAAGCUGAGCCUUAUCACGCCGGGAUGGCUGCUUCUAGAAGGAGAAGUAUACAAAAGUCGUUUAUGUCCGGGGAAUUAAAAAUUGUUGUUGCUACAGUUGCUUUCGGAAUGGGAAUAAAUAAAUGUGAUAUUCGAGCCGUAAUUCAUUAUAAUAUGCCGAGUAGUUUUGAAGGAUACGUUCAAGAAGUUGGAAGAGCCGGUCGGGAUGGUUUACCAGCUCAUUGCCACUUAUUUCUUGAUUGUCACGGUAACGAUGAAAAUGAAUUAAGAAGACACAUAUACGCAAACUCAAUCGAUCGCCACGUAAUAAGAAAACUUCUAAAAAAGAUUUUUAUUCCCUGCUCGUGUAAAACGAAAUGUUCAAAACAUGAGGUGGCUUUUUCAAUUCAAGACACUGUAACGUUUUUGGACGUACCCGAAGAAAACAUUGCGACAUUACUAUGUUAUUUAGAGCUACACGAAAAUCGAUACGUGGAGGUGUUAAGCCCCGCUUAUAUAAAUUGUAAGAUUAUCUCGUACAGCGGUUCAAACAAAAUAAAAAAAGCUGCAAAGGAUUGUCCACCUUUAGCGAUGGCGUUAGCUUUGUACGGAAAAGAUGUUGAAGGGACGGUCUUUGAAUUUCCCGUUGUUGAUGUCGCCGCUGCUAUGGGUUGGGAUAGCGGGAUUUGUAAACAUAAAUUAAAAAAUUUAGAAUGGAUGAUUAUUAAUAACCAACCAAAAAGGUCCAACUUAUCGGUACAAUUCACUAAUUUAGGAUUUAGGGUGUUAGCACCUGGAAAUCUUAACGAUAAUCAACUCGAUGAAGCCUUAGAUUCUUUAUACACCCGAGUUAAAAACCAAGAAAAACAAGGAUUAUUACAAUUACACUCAAUUCAUUCAGCUUUAACACAAGUUUCAGAAAAAUCUUUUAAAUCAUGCCUACAAGUUUCCAAUAAAGAAAUUGAAUUAAAGAAAACAAUUCGACAGUAUUUUGAAAGUCCGGAACCGUUAAAAGACGUCGUUAUAAAAAUGAAACCCAUCAAUGAAGAUCAAAUCAUCAACGACACCCGACAAAUUAUCGCGAUGUAUCGAGAUAAUAAUUUUACCGGGCGAGCGAUUGCAAGGAUUUUUUAUGGUAUUCAAAGCCCGAAUUAUCCCGCUUUUAUUUGGGGAAAGUGCAAAUUUUGGAGAUCGCAUUUAAAGGAAGAUUUCGAUGAAAUUUGUAAAGUUGCUACGCGUGAAAUUAUUAAUAUGAGGACUUAAUUUUAAGAAAAAAAAUGUAUAUUUUUUUAUAGUGACUAAAAAAAAUUCUUUUUUACUAUUUUUGUGACCUUUUGUUUUAAAAUUUGUAACCCACGUGGACGAGUACUAACAAUAAGUUGAAAUUAGUCACGGUUUUGCCCUAAUUAUGCAAUUUGAAAUGUAAAUGAACCAACCUCUUCGAAUCGUACCACGCAAUCUUAUAAAAUAAUACAACGUGAAAAGAGAAUUUGGGUUAUAUUGUUUGUGAAUCAAUUGGUAUAUCGAUAAAAUGAAGUUCUUUAAUUGCAUAGUGCAAUGUUUAAGAAAGGUGCUAUGAAAAUAUAUUUUCUAAUAUUUGUUCUUUUAUGAAUCAAACAUCGGAAUCUGAAAGCAAAAAUACCAAUGCUUUUGACAUUUCAGCUCCUCACUCCCAGUCUUCUCAGGUCAGCCUUCACGUAAUCGUGGCUUAAGCAAAUGCUGGAGAUUAAAAUAUGCUCUGUUUCCAGCUUAAAUUUUCUCAGCGCUGCAACUUUGAAAAGUGUGCCCAUUCCAUAUCGGCUUUCAUAUCUUAAGUCCCGUUCUUCUGGACCUAGCGCUUUUCCAUUUCUUGGUUGACGAUUGCUUCGUCUUCGAGACCAUUUCUUAGUUUCACGACAAAAGAGUUCUAUCUUCCACUAGCGGUUCCUCCACCCAAAGCUGUUCACUGGUUGGAGUUGGAUCAUUUAUUCCGAUGUUUGCUCGCUCGGUCCUUACUUAUGUUAGCGUUACCCGUAUUUUACUACGAAGACUUGCAGGUUCGGAUUUUUCAUUCAUUAGAAUUAGGACCAACAGGCAUUUCCUAAUCCAUUCACCACAGGUUUGUGUUGGCUCUAAGUGCGCUUCAUGGCGCCUUUAGUUUUACUGCUUAAAAAUAGAAAUCGUAUUUUGACUGCUUAAGAAUAGGUACCAAGCGGUAUAUUGAGCUGGAUGCCGAAAUUAAUUACUUCUUGGUAUAGAAAGAAUUAUAUAACAUAAUGCUCUAAUUAGGAUGUAGACAACUGCGUGCGCAACUGUUAUUGGACUUUAAAGUAGACAGAAGAAUGCAAAUUGAAAAAAAUAUGCAGAAAGUGUUAUAAUAUAAUGCUCAAAUUAGGAUGUAGACAACUGCGUGCGCAAGUGUUAUUGGACUUUAAAGUAGACAGACCAAUGUAAAUUGAAAAAAAAUAUGCAAAAAGUGUUGAUUAAAUCUUUGGAGAAAAACCCCAAAGUAUUCUAGAAUGUUUAAUAAAAAAUUAAAUUUGAA